AUGCCCACAGGCCAGGCAGCCCAGGCAGCCCAGGCAGCGCAGACGGGCCCCCUUUUGCGCACUGCGCAGGCUGUCAGUGUAACGCGGGUAUUCGCGUGUCAAGGCACGACAGGGGUGUCCAGGUUGCACUUGCCAUUGAAACAAGCAGUGCAACGCCGAUCCGCCAACCGAACGUCCGUCUUCACUUUGGAGACCUCAGCUCAUCUCUCGUCUGCCCUCCCUCUUGCUGUCCCUGUUGCUGUCCCUGUUGCCAUCGCUCUUGCCGUCCCUGUUGCCAUCGCUCUUGCCGUCCCUGUUGCCAUCGCUCUUGCCGUCCCUGUUGCCAUCGCUCUUGCCGUCCCUGUUGCCGUCCCUGUUGCCAUCGCUCUUGCCGUCCCUGUUGCCGUCCCUGUUGCCGUCCCUCUUGCUCUCCCUCCGCCGCUCUCCCUCCGCCGCUCUCCAACCUCGACGUCCGACGCCCGACGCCCGACGCUCGACGCCCGUGGAGCCUGUUGUCGCCUUCGUCUGCUGCCCGGCCUCUGUCAGCACCGUCACACGCCGCCCUACCACCGGCCAGUCACGCCGACGCCGAGCCUGGCAUACUGCAACACCGCCAGCAUGGGUGCCUCCAUCUCAAAGAUGAUGGGCAAGAUCUUCGGAUCCAAGGAGAUGCGUCUGUUGAUGCUGGGUCUUGAUGCCGCAGGAAAGACUACCAUCCUCUACAAGCUCAAGCUCGACCAGGACGUGACAACGAUCCCCACCGUCGGCUUCAACGUCGAGACCGUCACAUACAAGAACACAAAGUUCAACGUCUGGGACGUCGGUGGCCAGGACAAGAUCCGCCCUCUGUGGAGGCACUACUUCUCGGGCACCCAGGGUCUGAUCUUCGUCAUCGACUCCAACGACCGCGACCGUAUCGACGAGGCCCGCACCGAGCUCACGCGCAUCAUCCAGGACAGGGAAAUGAAGGACGCGCUGCUGCUGGUCUUCGCGAACAAGCAGGAUCUGCAAGGAGCUAUGCGGCCAAAGGAGGUUUCCGACAAGCUACAGCUCGAGAAGAUCGCAAAGGACCAUGUGUGGAAGGUCGAGCCCAGCUGCGCGACCACGGGAGAGGGCAUUUUCGAGGGACUGGCAUGGCUCAGCAACAACGUCAAGCUCCCCCAAGGCGGCAAGUAA